AGCGGCGGAGGGAGAAGCGGCGGCGGCGGCGGCGGUUGAGGUGGCCGAAGAGGAGCGGGGAGGAGAUCGGUGACGACACCACUACCACCAACGACGACGACGACUCCUUUCCAUCAUGAACACCAAGGAGAUCACCUGCCGGUAUUUCAUGCACGGCAUCUGUCGAGAAGGAAGUAAGUGCCUAUUCUCCCAUGACCUUUCGGCCAGCAAGCCCUCGAUCAUCUGCAAGUUCUACCAGAAGGGUUUCUGUGCCUACGGAACCCGUUGCAGGUAUGACCACACCAAGCCCUCUACCUCAGCUGGUGGUGCAGCGGGUACCAGGCCAGCAGCCAGCAUCCCUUCCCCAGUUCUCCCAAAUCCCCAGCCACCACAGCCGGGGUUCACCGCCACCAUAAUGAAAAGCAAGUUGUGCGAAUCAGGGAAGCGGGAAAAGAGACCGUUAGUUCUCAGGGACCGAAAUCUGAGCGGCGUAACCGAUACGAGGCCCCCAGCGGAUCCCGCAGAGAGGCCCGGCUGCUACAGUGCCAAAAGGGGAGGUGACCCAGAGGGGAAGCCUCAUUCCUACCUGGAAGCCAUCUGCAGUGGGCUCGAUAACGUGGAAGCCGGAAACCCGGAUGGGCAGCAGCUGUGUCCGUACGCGAUGGCUGGGGGCUGCCGCUUCGGCGACACGUGUGGCUAUCUCCAUGGAGAAGUGUGUGAGAUAUGCGGGCUGCCCGCACUGCAUCCCUUGGACGCGGAGCAACGCAGGACCCACGAGAAGAUGUGCAUGGACGACUUCGAACACAACAUGGAGAAGGCCUUCGCUUUCCAGGCGAGCCAGGGGAAGACUUGCAGCAUCUGCAUGGAGGUCAUCUAUGACAAGCCGUCGGCCUCCGAGAGGAGGUUUGGGAUCCUCUCUAACUGUAACCACACCUACUGUCUGGGGUGCAUCCGCCAGUGGCGCUGUGCCAAGCAGUUUGAGAAUCCCAUCAUAAAAGCCUGCCCCGAGUGCCGUGUGGUAUCAGAGUUUGUAAUCCCUAGUAUGUAUUGGGUAGAAGACCAAAAUAAAAAAAAUGAACUGAUUGAAGCGUUUAAACAGGGAAUGGGGAAAAAAGCCUGUAAGUACUUUGAGCAAGGCAACGGGACCUGCCCCUUCGGCGGGAAAUGCCUUUACCUGCACGCGUAUCCCGACGGGACCAGGGCAGAACCCGAGAAACCACGCAAACAACUUGGCUGUGAAGGCAGCGUUCGGUUCUUCAAUUCUGUCCGGCUGUGGGAUUUCAUCGAGGACAGGGAGAGUCGGCACCUCCCGCGGGACCAGGACGACGACGACGUGCUGGAGCUCGGUGACCUCUUCAUGCAUCUUUCUGGGGCGGAGGCCGCCCGCCACUGAGGCGGCCCGCCCAUCUGUCCACCCGCCCACCUGGCCAUAGGCUUCAGGGUAGCAGUUUAGUGAGAGUUUGCAGUGUUUCUUUCUUUACCCAGGAGCGGGCGGACUUGUCCGAGGGAGGCCGUUCCACCUUUAUUCAGUCUGGUCUCUACUGUUCUGGCAAGGGAAGCGGCGACGGCUAGAAAAUAAAGCGGUCCUCCAGUCAGCCAGCCAGCUGACUGUAAAGCAAUCUCAAGCCGGGGAGGGCCAGGGGGGGCCGGCCUGCUGCUUAGGGGCCGACCGACCGAGCGGGGGCCCGGAGAAGAGAGCUUCGGUGAGACGGCGGGUCUGGGGUGGGGCUUUGUGAGUGUGUGUGUGUGUGUGUCCGGGGGCGGGGGUGAUGGCUGAAGAGCUGCCCUCUGGGCGCUAGGGAGGGGCGCCACAGCGAGAGGCCAGCUACCGCUCCUCUCCACGAGGCAUCGGAGAUUGCAAGAUCUUACUCGGGCCGUUUCGCUAGGGACCGGAGCGAUCGCAUCCCCGGUCAGUCUACGUCGACCCGUACCGUCGCUGGCUCCUCCAGCUUGUCGGAGGAGGGAGGGGAAGAGCCCCUUGUCCCGUUGUCUUAUUCACAUCAGACUGGAGCUUUGAAAUUAGGCUAAAAUCGAGCUAGAACUAAUCACUGCUAACCAUUUCAGAAUUAGCUGAUGAAGAAUGCUGAAGAGCAGACGAAUAGCAUGGAAGCGGGGGUAGAAGAUGCAUUUCUUACCGAUAUUCUUCUACAUUACAUUUGCCAAAACUAAUUUUGAAAGAUGCAUAAAAUGAUUUCCACCACCACGA